AUGUGUUUCCAAAUCCCCUUCACUCCCGCCAUCUGCCGCACUUGUGGCUCUACCAAGCCGAUCCCUGAUGAAAAGAUUCGCUGCCCCACGGCUCAAGAGCUGGGCAUCGAGUUCGAAGAUGACUAUGUCAACAAGUGCCCCAAUGGAGUGAGAACCAUCACGGUCCAGCAGAAGGCGGAUAAAGAACUGGAGAGGGCUGUGGUUUGUCUAGUCUGUGCCAUCUCGCCACACCUCACCCUACCUCCUCACUUCCAGUCCACCUCGAGCCCUCACCCAAAGAUGUCUGUCAUCUCAUUGCAUAACGCUCCGUUGGAAAUUCUCCUCAUCAUCUUGGAUAACGUUGAUCCCAUCUCAUUGAUCAACUUGGCCCAAACCUGCCAGACUCUGCGAGCCACCAUCAGGCCGACACGCAUCAACUUCCUCCAGCGCCUGCUCGCCCUUGAGCUGAUUCCCGAGUAUGGCGGCAUCACGCCGUUCCUCAGAGGCAGGGAUUCCCACAUCUCUCCUCGCAUGGGCUCCAAGGACUGGGAGUCCAACAAGUACGCUUGUGGAGGCUGCCUCAAGCUCCUGCCGCAUACGAGGUUCGAUAACCACAACAUCCUGCGGCUCGACCUUCGCAAGCCCCCUCCCGGCAGCAGAGAGGCCAAUCGCCUGGCCGAAUGGUGGUUUAUCGACAGAUGGGAUGACGGCGUGAGAGCCAGGAUCUUCCAGCACCGAAUCCAUAUCCGGGCUCGAGAUGAGUCACUUGCCGAUGUCCGGAUGCGGUAUCAUGAGGCCACCCACCCAUGGGAAAGCAUGCGGCAGGCUGGGGGAAUCAACCAGUUCCUCUGGGCCGGAAACGUGGAGGCCGACAUUCUUACUACUAACGACCUGAUUGCCUCUAACCAUGAGCUCGUAAUUUGCGGCCUCCGUCGACACAACCGUCGUUGCAUUGAAUGUAUCUUUGUCCGGGGCGACUGGCAUCGUAACAAAAACUCGAUGCACAACGGAGGGCGGCCCAUCCUCCCUUCACCAGUGGUCACUGGGCGCAAGUUGGAUUUCUACAACUUUUUUGACAGGUGUUUCCCCAACCUGUUUGACCCUGUCCCUCGCGCCAAAAUCGGCCGCCGCUUCUUAUAUUACGGUGCCCAUGAUAACAAGACGUACCAUUUGACAAUGCGCAUCCUUCGCUGCGGUGGUUGCGCCAAAUGGCGAGAGGCGUCACAGUUUCGUUUGCCUGUUAUUGCGUACGAAGAGGUGCAUUUUUUGACGGAUGCGAUGAGCAAAUAUUGUGUGCAAGAUGCUGAAUUGGGAGAGCUGAGGGAACCCAGGUGUAAUCGGUGCUUUUUGAGGGAACACGGCAUGGCAGCGUUCAGACGGCAUCUGGUAGCCUUUGCAAGGUCGCUAAUGGCUGAUGCGCUCGAAAGGGCUCGAUACCAAGUUCUCUUCGGGUGGGACAAGCUCUGCGACGACUUUCGUCUUCCCUUUGGAGACUUUGCCAACUACUGGGUCGAGUACGGCAAGUCCAUUGUCUCCGACUUUCCCAUUCAAGGAGAGGACCUCUUGGCUGAACCCUUCCUCACUACACACCAGCUCGAUGAGCUCUCGCGACGUUUCACCUGCUUUACGAGUUUUGUCGAGCGCAUGUACCAAGGCUUACGACCCGUGCGCCCAGCUAUCUCGGACAUUCGCUCCAACGAAGAGAUCAUGGCCUCUACGAUGGACUCGUGGUUCCGUGUUUGGUACGAUGAUUAUCAUCUCUACGAAAAGACGUAUCGGAGGCUGCAGGAUCAGCUGAAGUGGAUUGAGCAGCAUGAGCUGGAGGUGGUAUCAUAUGCGUUGGAGGCUGAUCCGUGGGGACCCGAGAGUUGGGACCUUGGGUGGGAGGUGGAGGAGGAGAGAUGA